AAAGGUAAAAGUAGGCGGUUAAGACAUUUCGUAAUAAAAAUCUAAGAAAUUCUCAGGAGAAGGGCAUCCCCAAAGAGACGACUGACGUCAUCGUGCAAACUGCAAUGAUGAGUCAUCAUUGUUGUGCUCUCAUUCAUGUUUAAUUUCUUUUCAAGCGCUUUAAUUUGUUAUUCCUGUCAUCAAUGAACUGUCAAAUAGAACGUAGUUUGAUUGCGAUAGACAUAAAGUUGUGAUUAGUUGUGAUAAUACUUUGCGCGUUCUUGGAACAAUUACGUAAACUUGUUUGUGUGUUGUUUUGGACUUUUUCAAGAGAGCUAAUGACGAUGAAGCUGGAAAUGAGUGAUAGUCAUUCCAACCACUCGGACUUCUCCUGCGACAGUAGCCAAUCUUCGCAAGGAUCCUCCACAAAUGAUUUCGUUUCUUCAGUUCCGACCACGAGAAGCCUACUCACAUUGGCAAACCUAGAGGGCCUCCAGUCGGGGGUCCCAACCCGCACCACGGCGACCAUAACGCCCACGCAGCUGCGCAGCUUCGAGCAGACGUACAUCGAGCUGAACAACUGCCACGCUGAGCGCUCCAGCCACGCGGGCUUUGUGCCGCCCUCCGUGGCGCAGGGCAACUCUUACGGCAUCCUGAAUCCAGUGGGUUACUGUGACUCAGGCCCGACGACGCUGCAUGUGUCGCCGGGCCCCCUCUCAGCCAGCGGCGACAGCAGCAGCAGUCCUGGCCUUCCCGCGCCCAAGCGACGGAACAUGGGUGGAAGACGACCGGCCAAGACUCCCCAAGAUAUCACUCCCGAAGAGGAAGAAAGAAGAAAGAUCCGCCGCGAACGAAACAAAAUGGCCGCAGCGCGCUGUCGCAAGCGAAGACUCGACCACACCAACGAAUUGCAAGAGGAAACUGACCAACUCGAAGAAAAGAAACAGAUGCUACAGGAUGAAAUACGCAAACUCAAUGCAGACAAGGACCAGUUACAAGCGAUACUGUCAAACCACAUGCCAGUGUGCCGGCUCAACAAGAGAUCGACCAGCCCGCCUGACGUCAAGCCCUUCCAAGAGCCCUACCCUUCUUACCCGGAGUUACCUGAAGAGGGCGUUAGAGUUAAAGUGGAGAUAAUAGACCCCGCCGUGGAUCCUGUCCUGGGGUUAGAUAACGAUAUCUUUACCUCGCCGACGCCGGACAAAAGAAUAAUGCUGUCGGCGGCCAACCCCGCGGUGGUGACAAGCGCGUCCUCUUUGGACACUCCGCCUGUUCGCCCCAACAGACCCAACUUCCUGCAGGUGCCCGUACCCCUAACUCCCGCACAGAUACACAACAACAAAGCCUUGGGCAACAGUAACAAAAUCCCCGGCAUUGAAAUCAGCACCCCCAGCAACGGCAUCCCCUUCAACUUCGACAGCAUAAUGGAGGGCGGCACGGGGCUCACCCCCGUGUAUCCGCACCCACACCCGCAUCCGCACCCGCACCCGCACCCGUGCGCUCAACAACAGCGCUCCGCACCCGACCUCUCAUCCCCCGACGCGCACAACAGCCUCGUGAGUCUCUGAGACCACCUCACCGCCGUCUGCCCUCUGUUCGAGCCCCUCGACCUCUUGGGUGACCUCGAGCAAACUCUGUAGCAGCGCGGCUUUGAAGUAUCGCGACGAGUCGGUCGCACUACAUCAUAAAGUCAACCUCCAAUAGACGCUUCUCGUUAAAGCAAGAGUAUGGCGAUAAACAGUCGCGCUACGUAAGUUAUAGCAAAAUUAUCGCGAUUAGUUCGUCGCAUAACUUUUCUAAGGCUGAAAGUAUCACGACCAGUCAGUCGCAGUAUAUCACAAUACAUUUUUUUUUAAUUAACACUUUAUUAACUAAAUAUUUAUUUUAGUUAAUGAAUUUACUUGUAAGGCGAAACAGUCGCGAUACGUUUGCUUGGCGCUACAAUAUUUGGAUUUUGGAAUUAGUGUUGCCGAAUCUAUAGACAGUAUUUGGUAGUUCAAACUAUGUAAAUUAUUAAAUUAUUUAAUCUGGCCACACUAUUUCCAUUUCUAGUCCCCCUGGCGUAGGGGGCCUCAGUCCCCUACUCGCGUGCCUUGGCCGUCGGGCCCCACGUCAGACGUGACCCGAACCUAGUUCGUAACGUGUAAAGACUACGCUAUUUAUUCUUUCUCAUUUUCUAUCGUGCUAUCUUUGUCUCCCGGGCCCCCGCCGGCUAUUUACCGGGGGCCCAACGUAACAUACUUGCUCAUAACGUGCUUUGUAUUUAUUUAUAUUAUUACUUGUCGACAUUUCAGCCAACGCUCUAAAGUUUUGCGUUCAAUUGGUAUUUUGACCGUCGCGGUCUGUUUUUAUGUAUGUAAAAGAUCUAAGCUCAAGUAAUUGUAUAGACUAUCAGAAUUUUUAGAGUGUUGGCUGUUCGAUGGAAGCUCUGUAAAACUCGGUAGUCUUUAAUCAUAGCGUAACGUUCUACAAAAGUCAAUUGAUAUCUAAGCUGUUCUAGUAUUCUAACGGAGAAUAUAUUUUAUAUAAAUAGUUUGUAUUUCACAGUAAAUAAAAGAAUUGUGAUGUUUAAAAAAAACGUGAAAAUAAAACAGAGUUUUAUUUGAAGCAUUUCAGGGAUUAUUGUUUCGAGUUGUGCUUAAAUAAUCUAGCGAGGCUAGACUAGUUGUAUUUUAUAUUAAAAUGUAUGUAAAAGAUCUCUUUUACGCAUAUUAAUGCAGUUGGCGUCACCUAAGUUGUAGACUUGAAUGUCGAGUGUAGAUUUUUGUAUGAUUUGCCUACAAUUUUGUGUGAUUGUAGUCAAUUACAUUGAAAAAUAUUCAAAUAGUCAAUUAAAAUAGUUAAAAAUAGUUAUUGGUUAAAAAUAUUUGCUUUUACACGAGGUAGUUAGAACUUAGAAGUGCCAAUAUAUGAAUGGAAAGUCGAUUCUCUAUCCCCCAAUUUCUCCCAACGCUGAUCUUCAUUGAUCAAAUUAGCGAACCGGACAUUUAACCGUCAAUAAUUUUCAAAAGGGUGAUUCGUCGACAACAUGGCGUAAUUUAAUUUUUAUAUUAAAAAGAUCAUUUGAAUUUUUCAUAUGCUAAGUUCUAAUAUCAAGUCUCAAGUUUCGUGACGUCACCUGUACAUUACGGCACAAUAUUUAUCAACUACCCCCGACGCGUCCCGUCAUAAUGUAAACCGUGUGCCAUCCGCUACGUCUACUCUCAGGAAAUACAAUAAUUACUUAGUUAACCAUAGACUAACCAAGCAAUAUUACUUAAUGGUAUACCGUCAAUCGGGUUAACUUUGCUUGUCUCUGCAACUUUGACAGUCAACAGAAAAAGGUUUUUUUUUCUAGAUCACCGAUAAAUACUUCUAUCCUGUUUUAAGAUCAUUCCGAAAAAUUAACACCAUUAAAUAAAGCUUCAACACCACAAUGUUUAAAGGUUCCGGCCAGAAAGCCGGCUGGAAAGGGAGGGUCAAGGUCUACUCCUAGCACAAGCUUUAGGCCCGGUUUCCACUGAAGCGAAGCGGAGAGGAGAUGUGUUCAGUCGACCAGUCAGACUUAAUAGCUGACCUGAAAAAAUUAUCGCGUCAUCUUUUAAAAAUCUGAUUGGUCGACUGAAUACUUCUUUGGUGGAAACUUGUUCUUGGUUGGUUAAUUGAAGCAUUUAUAUUAGUUUGUAAACCUAUUAGCUAAGAUUAAAAAAAAACAUUUUUUUGUUUGACUGUCAAAGUUACAUGGAAAAGCAAAGUCACCCCGAUUUAGUGUAAUUAAUAUAUUGAAUUUAAGUUAGCUCAAUGUCGAUGUAAUGUCAUACCGUUCCAUUGGAUUAGGUAAUGGUAGUGUAAAAUUAUUGUAUAAGAAAUUCUUGUGAUAUACGUCCAGUGAUGCGCGCUCUAGUGAGGCGAUCAUUUUUAAUUGUGUACUCAUUGCCUCGUCCCAAAUAUUAAAAAAAUUAGCAUCGAUGCAGGUUCCACAGACAAUGUGAUGUUUUUUUUUUUUUUUAAUUUUACAAUAUCAUUGAAAUUUGAAGAAUCGCUCAUGGAAUGAAUAUCACUUUUUUACAUAGGUACUUGAAAUAUCUCAGACUCAACUAUUGAAAAAAUUUGUUUUUAAUUGAAUGUCAAUUUAAAACGUGAUUAAAAUUUAGAUAGAUUGUAAAUUUAGUCCUUUAGAAUAUUUGCAUUAUAAAAACAUGUUAAAGAAAAUAAGAAACUAAAUAACUAAAUGAAAUAGAACAAAAUUGUCUUGUAAUUGUGAUCGAUUUUUUUAUUGAUCUUACUUUAGGUUCUAUAUUCAAAAUUAGUGCAGAUUAUUACCAUGAAUAGAUACGAUUUUUUGUUUUUGCUAGAGGCAUGGGUUGAGAGUUGUUUGUAUUGUAGUUUUUGUACCGAUGGUGAACGCUGGCAUAAAACAAUAUCGGUCUCAUGAAUAAACUUAUUUACAGCUUCGCAUUAACGCUCCUUACUCUGAAGUCUAAGAUUAAUAAAGCCUUAAUACAUUUUGGACUUAAGACUAAAAUAUGUAGGAAGUAUUUGUUAGUGCAAAGAUGUAAUGUUUUGUUUAUAAGACCGAAUUAGAGUAAGGCAAUAAUUAGGCUAAGAGCACUUAACCCUUUAACUGUAAUACGCAUAACUUAGACCAAAUUAUUACUUUAUGUGCUUUAUUGUAGUUUUAAUUAAAAUCUAAGCCAAAUAUUGAUUUAUGUCGUUAAUUUAGGAUUAGGUUAAACCGCCGUUUCCGAAAAAGUAUUAUUGGUUAGAUGCAGAGGAAUGCGGAGUAUUUAUUUAAUGAAUAUAAUUUUAUUAUUUUGUUUGUGUAGAUCAAACCAAAAAGAGGAACAAAAUUGCCUUUAGCCCUUAAUGAGUGAGGGAGAUAAAUAAACGAAAUACUAAGCGCAAUAAAGUGCUGUGGUGUUAUCUUGCUUACGCUACAUCCAAAUAUCUUUCUAUCUGUCUUUCUCAACUUAGUAAAUUCUGAUGCUUAUAUCGCCUUUACAAAGUAAUUUCCUUAUUUUUUGGUUUGAUCUAUGUUUAUUUUACCAUUACCAACAUAUUAUUAUAGUCCGUGCCGGCCAUUAUGAUGAAUGAGAAAGAACUUUUAUAUAAUAAUAAAUAAAUAAAUAAAUAAUAAUCGCCGAUGUAACGUCAUAAGCAUAAUAUGAACAUUUUAGAUUCUAAUAGUAAAUUAAGAGAGAUGUAAUUUUUUCUAGAAGAUUUUUUCGUAACGCAAUCGUAGUAUACUUUUGUAUUUUUUCAUGUGGAAAUUAUUAGCAAAGCAAUAUUAUAUUUGAUACAAUUUAUUAUUGUAUUGUUCUAUACCGCCAGAUGUAGUAAAUUAUAUAUGUAAAUCAGAAUAUAUAGAUUUGUUUACGUACACCCGA